UAAAACGUUAGGUACAACUCUAAGACGAGCUCAGUCGUGCAUAAUAAAAUUGAGCGUGCAGAACGUGUUGAGUUAAGAUCAUUGAGAAAAAAAAGUAGACAGCAAAAUGAAAAGUAGCCUGGCCAAAUGUUGCCUGUGCCUAUUGGCCAUGGCUGCAAUGGCCGAGGCUUUUUGUUACCGCAAGAAUCCCCUGAAAUCCCAAGAUAUGGAUGUGGAACAGAUGAAUCAACCAGGAAACUAUUCCAUAUGGGUCUGCGUGAAAUCAAUUGAUUUGGCCACUGAUCUUGAAAAGGCACCAAAAGGCAACAUUUCGCAAAUUUGGUUCUCUAUGUCCACAGUGGAAAAAAUUAAGAAUGAAGCUUUUCUUAAAUUUUACGACAAACUUGUGAAACUUGAAAUUUGGAGUAGCAAGCUAGCCGAAAUUGAAGAUGGAGCUUUCAAAGGUCUACGAGAAUUGAAAGGCCUGGUAUUGCCUCGCAAUGAAAUAACGGUCCUGAAAGCUUCUUGGUUUAGAGAUUUGUCUAAAUUGCUGGAGCUGAAUCUUGCUAACAAUCGCAUCGCCAGUAUCGAAAUCGAUUUUCUCAAGUCCGUUCCAGCGUUGAUAAAUUUGGAUCUUCGCGGAAACGAUUUAGUUGCUCUACCGACGGACUUUGUCAAGCAUCUUCCAGCAACAUUGCGUCAACUAAACAUUUUCAGUAAUCCACUGAAUUAUCAUCAACAGCUUCAAGUAGUCGAAUGGAGCAAAAAUAAGGAUGACAAAUUAACAAACGAGCCAAAGAUGAAGGAACUCAAACACGUUCUCGAGCUAACGAAAAAUUGCCUUGAUGACAAAAAUAUCACUGACAAAACUAACGAAGCUAUCGAUAAAUGUGUUGAUGAUAAGUUGAAUGAGGAAGUUGCAACAGCCGUAAAAUCUUAAGAUAAAAAACGUCUUAAAUGUUUACAUUGCAAGUAGAAAAGUUCACGUUACAUGGUAAAUGUUGCUGAAUUAAUACAAGGAAAUCCAUGUAAUUUCUCGCAUGAAUUGCCAUGAAAUAAUUAUCCAUAUGGUUUCCGAGUCAUGUCCUUGUAUAGAAAAGCUUACAAAAACCCAAAUAUUUUUCUAUAUAAUUCAUGCAAAGAAAAAUAAAAUGAAAUCUUCAACUAUGUAAUUUCCAAUAUGCCAUAAGAUACUAUGAUAUUUAUACCUAAAUACCGAAAUGAAAAUUUCAAAUUUAUGUCUAUAUACAAAUUAAUAAAAUUUGAAGUUACGCAAAUAAA